AUACACGCGCACACACCUCAGACAAGAACACAGUCUCUCUGUCUCCCUCUCGCUACCCCUGUAUGCUUCACACUUUUCCAGACCUAAAACAGAAAAAAUCCUCUAACUCUGUCCAACGCUCACUGGUUUUCAAAACCCAGAUUUUCUGCUUGUCUCUUAAUUGCAUAUCUCAUGGCGGAUGUUGAUCAAGGCAUUGGUGAGCAUGAAGCGGAUCACGCUGCAGUUCAUGGUGUGGAUCCUGCUGCUGAUUGUGUUGAUCAUCCUGUAGACCAUGGUUUGGACUCCACUGACCUUGGAUUGGAUCAUGGCACUGAUCCUCCUGUGGAUCAUAGUGUGGAUCACAUCACAGGUCCUGGAUUGGCGGUAGAGCAUGAUGACAUGGAUCACCCUACAGAUCAUCAUGUGGAUCCUUCUAUAGACCAUGAUGUGGAUCACCCUGUAAACCAUGACAUGGAUAAUGCUAUAGAUCAAGUGCCUGAAAAUAAUGAGGCUUCAAAGCAAGGACAUGAUGAGGAUACAGUCUCUGGAGGGGGUGAGAAGAGGUGGCCUGGAUGGCCUGGAGAGAGUGUGUUUCGGAUGUUGGUUCCUGCUCAAAAAGUAGGCAGUAUCAUUGGCCGUAAAGGGGAGUUCAUUAAAAAGAUAGUCGAGGAGACAAGAGCUCGCAUUAAGAUACUUGAUGGUCCUCCAGGGACAGCAGAAAGAGCUGUAAUGGUAUCUGCCAAGGAGGAGCCUGAUUCCUCUCUUCCUCCUGCUAUGGAUGGCCUACUGAGGGUUCACAAACGCAUUAUUGAUGGUUUGGAGGGUGAUUCUUCUCAUGCUCCACCAAGCAGUGGAGCUAAGGUUUCGACAAGGCUGCUAGUACCAGCCUCACAAGCUGGAAGUUUGAUAGGAAAACAAGGGGGAACUGUUAAAUCCAUCCAAGAGGCAUCAGCUUGCAUAGUUAGAGUUCUUGGUGCAGAAGACCUUCCAGUUUUUGCUCUUCAAGAUGAUAGGGUUGUUGAAGUAUUGGGGGAAGCAGCUGGAGUGCACAAAGCAGUGGAGUUAAUUGCAUCUCAUCUCAGGAAGUUUUUAGUUGACCGAAGUAUAAUUCCGUUAUUUGAAAUGCAAAUGCAAAUGUCGAAUCCUUCAAUGGAGCAGAUGCCACCACAUCAGUCAUGGGGUCCACCUCAACCCCUUCCUCCAAAUCAUGGUGGAGGGCCUGGUUAUGGACAAAAUCCCCAAUAUAUGCCACCUCCGCGACAGCUUGACAAUUACUACCCUCCUGCUGACAUGCCACCUCCAAUGGAAAAACAACCUCACCAGGGUAUAUCUGCAUAUGGAAGAGAAGCUCCCAUGGGUAGCCAUGCUUCAUCAAAUGCCCAAGCUGCACCAUCAAUGAUCACACAGAUUACACAACAAAUGCAAAUCCCUUUAUCAUAUGCUGAUGCUGUUAUUGGGACAGCUGGUGCAAGUAUAAGCUACAUUCGACGUGCUAGUGGGGCAACUGUUACUAUACAAGAAACUAGAGGUGUUCCUGGGGCAAUGACAGUUGAAAUCAGUGGAACUGCUUCUCAAGUCCAAACAGCUCAGCAGCUGAUACAGAAUUUCAUGGCUGAAGCUGGAGCCCCAGCACAGCCUCAAACAGGUGGGGCCGCAGACCAAGGCUACAAUCCUUAUUCUCACAGUUCAGUGUAUGCUUCUCCACCAUCCAAUCCAGAACACAGCGGCCAUGCUGGGGGAUAUGGCUCAAUGUAUGGUGCAAGCUAUGGGUACUAGGCAGCAGCUCUGAGUUGGUUCCCUUGUUGAUAUGACCUGUACUUUGCAGAGUUGGUUUCCUCAGCGAACUUGGAUGAUAUUAUCACCAAAUAAUCAAUUAAGCAUGCUGUAGUUGUACCUUACAUUUCUCUAGAUUCUUGGCUAGACAAAUUACAUAAGUUAGAUUCUUCAUGUGCAUUAUGCUUGGACCACAUGGCGUUGCCAAUGGAAUGUUUUAAAUUCUUGUGCAACUUCAGCCAUAUUUCUAUGAUAGCUUCAUUUGUGGACGAAAAUUGUCACUAUUAAGGUGCUUCGGCUUCCAGUAACCCAUCUUAGUUUUAUUCUUGCCUUUUGGUCCUGUGGAUUGUGUGUGCUUUGUAGAGGAAAGGGCAGUUGUUGGAACUGAGUUGUUUUUUGUGAAUGGAGAUGUAUGAGCAGCUUAUUAAUUUCCUGU